UGGAAGAAAGGAACAGGAGAAGCGGCAAUACCUUUACUCCUUGACACAGAGAGGCCUUUGAUUUUGUUUAUUGACUCCACAUUAUCUAUCUCUCUCGUUAAAUUCAAAUUUUCCUCUCACGUCAGAUUCAAAACUUUUCUUUCUUCUCUUCAAUUAUUAUUGCUCAGAAAACGGAGCAUAAUGGUCUCUUCGGAUACUGGUGGUGUUGCCAGUAGAAAUGGUGAUGGAAAUCCGAUUGGGAAGCUUCUGGGUUUGGGAUAUUGGGUUCAGGGAUUCAGGUGCUUCCCAUGGCUAAUAGUGAACUUCUUCCUCAAGGAUGGGUUAAAUGUGGAUCCUUCCACUCUUCAGGUCCUUCAGAAUUCUGCAAAUCUUCCCAUGGUUGGAAAACCCAUCUAUGGCCUCGUUUCCGAUGCCGUUUAUAUCUCAGGCCAGCAUCGAGUUCCCUAUAUCGCCCUUGGAGCUUUCUUGCAGGCACUGUCAUGGCUAGCCAUAGCAAUUUCACCAGCAAGCAUGUCGAUUCACUUCUCCAUGUUCCUCCUCCUUAGUAACCUUGGUGCUUCUAUAGCUGAGGUAGCAAAUGAUGCAAUUGUGGCAGAGAUGAGUAAAAAGCCACAAACCUCAACCAAGUCCUCAGGCAGCCUCCAGUCCUUUGUUUGGAUUGUUUCCUCUUUAGGAGGAGUCCUUGGAAACCUCCUUGGAGGCAUGGCAAUUGGCCGGAUUUCUUCAAAAUCUUUGUUCAUGUUUUUCGGCCUUCUCCUUGGCCUUCAAUUUUUUCUAACCAUUUCUGUUCGUGAGAGCUCUCUUGACCUUCCCAAGAGUCCAUCUGUUGGGAUGAAAAAACAAAUUUCAGAAUUAUCAGUUGCAUUGAGAAAACCUGAGAUUGCAUUCUCAAUAUCAUGGUUUGCAGCAUCUUAUGCUGUCAUUCCUGCACUUACAGGCACCAUGUUCUUUUACCAGACUGAGUAUUUGAAAAUUCAGUCAUCGGUGCUGGGUAUAUCCAAGUUUUUUGGCCAGGCAGCAAUGCUUUUCUGGGGCAUCAUUUAUAACCAACGUCUGAAAUCAGUCCCCCCAAGGAAAAUCAUAUCAGCCAUUCAAGUUACAAUGGCAAUCUUCAUGUUUUCCGAUUUCUUGUUUGUACAAGGCUUUUAUCGACAACUGGGUGUGCCUGACUCACUCUACGUCAUACUAUUCUCAGGACUCUUGGAGGUUUUAUUCUUCUUCAAGAUUCUGCCAUUCAUGGUUUUAGUAGCACAGCUCUGUCCACCGGGCUGUGAGGGAUCUGUAAUGGCGUUUCUCAUGUCUGCCGUAGCCCUCUCACUAAUAGUGAGUGGAUACCUUGGUGUUGCCCUUGCAUCUUUCAUUAAGGUAACAGCAAGUGACUUCUCAGGACUCCCCCUUGGACUUCUGAUUCAAGCUGGUUGCACUUUGUUGCCAGUUUAUUGGUCAUCCUGCAUACCUGAUGAUGUAAAAUCAGUAAGCAAGAAAAAUGACUAAAACAAACUUAUUUAUACAGAAACUUAGUGUUACAAGCAGAUAGUAAAAGUGUGUUUUGAUUUUGACAAGUUUCAUUCCAUUUAUUUCAUUGUUGUAUACUUGUAUUCAUCUGUCAGCUGGCAGAUGCAAGCUACAGAUGUUUAUCUACAGGUAUAUUGUAUGUUUUGGCAUCAAAUA